AUCUAUACGAUUGCCCUGGGAAACGGCCAAGGUUGUCGACAAACGGAGCGUUGGCUGGCGGAAGCAGUCGAAGCCGGCGUCUUCUUCCCUCUGGUGAUACGCUACACCAUUGUUAGUGAAGCAGGCGCGUCCAUCUACUCGGCCUCUCCCCUCGCCGACACCGAACUGCCCGACCUGGACGUCUCCGUGCGCGGUGCCGUGUCGAUCGCUCGGCGGCUGCAGGAUCCGCUCGCGGAGAUGGUGAAGAUCGAGCCGCGUCACCUUGGUGUGGGCAUGUACCAGCACGAUCUGCCGCACAAACGCCUCGAGGAGGUCGUGAACGAGGUCAUGGAGGAGUGCAUCUCGUUUGUCGGCGUCGACGUCAACACGGCCCAGCAACACGUGCUUGCCAGAGUUGCGGGCCUGUCGCAAGCCAAGGCCAAGGAAAUAAUCAACUACCGCACAAAGCACGGCCGUUUUCGCUGUCGAAAUGAACUCAACAAGGUGAAGGGCAUCGGACCGGCCACUUACGCGCAGUGUGCUGGGUUUCUUCGAGUUAAACCCGUCUUCUGUCCUACCAGAAUGGACGCCUCCAGAGACGUCGACUUCAUAUCACUGUGUACGGAGGAUGAAGAUGGCGCCGAUGACAUUGAAAUGGAGGUGAUUUGCAGUGGCAAGCGAUGUCGUCUGGUUUCUGCAGAACCCGGUGCUCCCCUCAAAAAAUUACGUCACACCUCACCUUCAACGACUACCACCGAUGACGCCUACUUCAAUCCCCUCGACCAGACAGCGAUCCAUCCCGCCUCAUACGGUGUUGCGACGGCGCUAGUUGAACACUUGAGGCAUGAAAUCAGCGACGUCGGCUGCAUGCCGCUUCGCAACAAGGCGAAAGCGCUUUUCGCCUCCCCGAAUCGCGAUGCUGUUCUGGCCGCGUUUACAACCGAGGAGUUUGGUCUGGAAACAGUCCGUGAUAUUCUCGACGCGCUCUGCCGUCCGCUUGACUUCGAUGAACGCGAAAGUCAAUUUGUCCCACUCUUCCGUUCCUCGGUCAUAUCCAUAUCGAAUCUUAGGAAGGACCUUCAGGUGACGGGCCGCGUGGAGAACGUCACGACAUUCGGUGCGUUCGUGGACAUUGGGGUGGAGGAGAACGCCUUCAUUCCAAUUCAAAAGUUCCCCAGACAGACGGGCAUGCGACGCCUUCUCGCGACCAGUGGCGUUGCUGUCGGUGGCAUUUUCGCAGCCAAUCGGAUUAGUGGUGGUGGCGAGGGGGUCAUGCACUUGCCACUGCACCUGGGAGACCGCAUUCAAGCCACUAUCGAGUCUUUUUGCGCACACACAAAGCGCAUUUCUCUGACAGACGUUGAAUUGCUCAGGUGA